AUGGAGAAUGAGACGGUCCCGCUCGCACGACUAGUCCUCGCGGCUGCGAACGACCGCCGCAUUGCUAGUGGUGGUGGUGGUGGUGGUGGUGAUGGUGGUGUUGGUGGAGGUGGCGGAGGUGGCGGAGGUGGCGGAGGUGGCGAAGGUGGCGGAGGUGGCGGAGGUGGCGGAGGUGGCGGAGGUGGCGGAGGUGGCGGAGGUGGCGGAGGUGGCGGAGGUGGCGGAGGUGGCGGAGGUGGCGGAGGUGGCGGAGGUGGCGGAGGUGGCGGAGGUGGCGGAGGUGGCGGAGGUGGCGGAGGUGGCGGAGGUGGCGGAGGUGGCGGAGGUGGCGGAGGUGGCGGAGGUGGCGGAGGUGGCGGAGGUGGCGGAGGUGGCGGAGGUGGCGGAGGUGGCGGAGGUGGCGGAGGUGGCGGAGGUGGCGGAGGUGGCGGAGGUGGCGGGAAGGAACGACGCAAUUUGUACAAGUUGACCGAUCUCGCGCUUUUUACCACCACCAGCAUCACCAACAACAACAACAACAACAACAACAACAACAACAACAACCCUGCCUUCCCUCCUCGAGGCUCCUUAGAAUUAUAA